AUGUCAAUUCCUCUAUUUUUAUUCACUUACAAUUGUGGUAAAAGUGCCGAGGACAUUUGCAGUGAUGCGGGGCUGACUGCCUACAGCAAUUUUGUCGAUAACCUCUUUGCCAAUAUACCGGGCUCGAAAGCUUCUGGUGAUCAUGCUAAACUUUACGUUUUUGCGUUCCAAGAACUUUGUUCUGUGCUUAAUGGUUCCUUUCCUGGGAUUGUGGGGCCUAAACUUUCAAAACUUGGUGAUAUAAUUUUGGAUGUUCUUAGAUCAAAGCACGGUCAUGAUGUGGAUUUCACCCUCAUCACCAAAGCUCACAUUGGGGCAAUCGGACUCUUGGUGAUUAGUGACUCUCCGCAAAAUAUAAAGAGUAUUCGUAAAGCAGAUUCUAGCUGUGGGUACUUUAGAUCAUCUCUUAAAGGUGGCUGUGGUGUUAGACUCACCUUGACUCAUGAAGAUGAUGAAACGGAAUUCACAUUUGUAUCGUGUCACUUGAAUGCCAAUGAGGGGACUGAGAAGUACAACCGUCGAAACCAGGAUUUUUAUGAUAUUGUGAGGUCCAUGGACUUUGGUGAUGAAUGGAGUGUUUUAAAACCAGAUUCCCACUGUUUUAUCAUGGGUGAUUUGAAUUAUCGUGCAACUGCCAAUAUUUUCAAAACGGAUUCUUCUACUACUAAGGACCAAGCAGAAUCAGCUGCCGAUACUCUUCUACUCACCUCAUUUAAAAAUCUCGAAGAAGUGGAUGAAUUAACAUGUGCUCGUAAUGCAAACCAGGUCUUCUGGGGGUUUGACGAAGCCCCAAUUAAGUUUCGUCCAACUUAUAAGUUCUUCGAAGGAACCGCAAAGUAUAAUUCUAAACGUAUACCCCUGUGGUGUGAUAGAAUUCUUUAUCAAUCUUACAAGUCGCCAGUGGAGGAUGUUGGAUCAUCGUCUUCUACUGAUCUACCUGUACCAAGCCUGGAUAAAAUACUUCCACCUGUAAAGGUGAUUUCAUAUUCUUCAAUUCCUGAAAUUUCUCUCUCAGACCACAAGCCAGUGUACUUGUCAAUCAAUGUCCCCUUCAAUGCUCCAAAGUCUGUUAUCGAUUCCCAAGGAUUGCUUAUCUCUCGCCAAAAAUCCCAAGGAAGUUUGAUUCUCAAGCCAACGGUAUGGGAUAAACAAUUUAAUCGUCGUUUCACUUAUACUGCUGAUACCCUUAUCGGUUAUGGUUUAUGGGGCACCUGUACACUAAAGGGACGUCUUUUAUUUUUCUUAGUACUCGUGGCGGUAUUAUUAUUCAUUGAUUCUUUAUAA